AUGCCUCCGAUGAAGAUCCAACCGAUCGACAUCGAUUCUGAGAAGCUGAAUCAAAUGACAAGCGGUGUUUGCUUAGCCAAAAUGGUUCAGAGUUUCAUUGAAGAGAGUAACGAUAAGCAAACGCCGGUAUCUAAAUUUGCUCGCAAUAGCUGCAAUUGCUUUAACGGAAACAGUAACGAUAGCUCCGAUGAAGAACUUGAUUUCUUCGGCGAAUCUAUUACUUCUGGUUCUAUCAAUGACGCCGGUGACGCGCUCAAGAGUUUGAUUCCAUGUGCGAGUGUUGUGGAGAGAAAUCUCUUAGCUGAUACAUCCAAAAUAGUUGACAAAAACAGUAAAGUUUUCAAGCGAAAAAACGAUUUGAGAAAGAUCGUUGCAGAAAAUCUUUCUUCUUUAGGUUAUGAUUCUUCCAUAUGCCAUUCUAAAUGGGACAAAACACUCUCUCACCCUGCCGGUGAAUAUGAAUACAUUGAUGUGAUUGUGGAAGGUGAGAGGUUGAUUAUUGAUAUUGAUUUUCGAUCGGAGUUUGAGAUUGCUAGAUCGACGGGAACAUUCAAGUUGAUUCUCCAGUUUCUUCCUUACAUUUUCGUUGGGAAACCGGAUCGUCUCCGUCAGAUCGUUGCGGCUGUAUCGGAAGCGGCUAAGCAGAGUUUGAAAAAGAAAGGAAUGCCCGUUCCGCCGUGGAGGAAGGCUGAGUAUAUGCUUGCUAAGUGGCUCUCCGCUUCCUGCACAAGGGCGAAUCCGUCGCUAAACUCCUCUGUGCAAGACGUGAAGGAGGAUCUCGGUGAUAGUGUUGCAUCGGAGAGUUUUUCCGGUGAUGAGAAAAGCUUGUUUGCGGUGGUGACCCCAACUUGGCAAUUACCGGCGGUGAAAGUAAAGAGUGUUGAGAGAGGUGCUAAGGUUGUGACUGGAUUAGCCUCCCUGCUCAAAGAGAAAUCAUAA